AUGACACAGCUGCUUCUGCUCAUUGUGGCUCUCCUGGUUCUGGGUCAGGCUCCACCAGGGAGAACUGAAUUCAAACGAUGUUGGAAAGGCCAAGGGGCCUGCCGGACAUACUGCACGAGACAAGAAUCCUUCAUGCACCUGUGCCCGGAUUCCUCCCUGUGCUGUCUCUCCUACUUGUUCCAGCCCACGCGUCCCCCCAAGCCAGAAGAUGAGUAGCUACUUCUGGAUCAGGCACCCUUGCUCUCCAAUAAAACACAGGAUGUCAACCUCC